AUGUGUAACACAUUUUCUCCAGAAUAUACAAUACCGAUCACCGUGACCAGUGGCUCUCCAGUAGAAAUAACACAUUAUAUCUUAGAUGAUUUCCGACAAACCCUUGGCUUAUUUCCCUCAUUGCUAAGCUACUCAGCACAGAAGACUUUUCAUGAUUACAGUGUUGAAAGACUUUGUCCAUCAGAGAUGGUCUAUAGCCCGGUUUUGGUAAGAUGCCUGUCAAUAUUUUGUGAUUCUGAAUAUGCUCAAAGAGGGCCAAAAUGUCACCGUCGAAUUUCCAAUGACUUCUCUGGGCCCUAUGUCAUACGUGCAUCACUGUGCACUACAAGGUUCCUCACUUUGAAUUUGUUAGAUGAGAUAAAGAAACAGAUGGUAGAAAAACUGUUGAAUGUACCCAGAUUCUCUCCCAGGGAAACUGACAUCCUAUUUUAUUCGCCAUUUCUCACGAGGUCCUAUAAAUUUUGCUAUCCAUUCGUAGCAAGUUUUCUUCCUGCUGGUGUGACAAACAUAUUUGCCGUAACAAACUACUUGUUGACGUUUACAAAAAACUUAACUGAUGGUCUUUUUUCGAAGCAUGUACAAAUCAAACAAAAUGGUGUUGAUAGUAACGCUUUCAAAACAAUGUCUCGUAAAUCUGGGCCUAAAAAACACUUUUUCCGCAGGAAUAAACCGCCUCCUUUUGAAAAUAAUGUAACACACUGGCAACACUGUCCAAAGAUUUACCUACCAGCAAGCUAUCAUCUUAAUCAUUGCGACUUCGAAAUUUGCAUCAAAGAAUAUGACAUUUGUUUUGAAAGUCACAUGGCAAAAUUUGACCAAGAAGACACUGCCAUCGCUUUAUGUUUAGAUGAUUAUAAAAGGAUUGUUGAUAAUUAUAUGAGAAGAACUACUGGCGAAGAUUCAACAGAAACCUACUUUUCUGUGAUUUGUCUGUCCGUAUCGUCUAUUGGCUGUCUUCUCACUGUCACAAAAUCUUUGGUGUUUUGGAACACUGCCAGAACCUUGCCCACCCCACUGACUAUAAAGAUGACACUGUCUUUUACGCUUUUUCUGGCUAAUACCUUCUAUACAGCUUCGAGAUUUUUUAUUUACAUUUAUCCAGUUUGCAUGGUUCUGGGAAUAGCCUCUCAUUAUCUUUGGCUGUUGGUGUUAAGUUUAAUGACUACUCUCUGUUUUGACCUGUUUCUUACCACCUUUCGGAUCUUUAAAAGUCGAUAUUCAAAAAGCUUUUUGACCUAUUUAGUAGCAAACAUAACGUUAGGCUUAGUUAUUGUGGCGAUACACAUUCGAUUAAGUUAUGUAAUAUCUGGAGGAUCGAGCAUUGGGUAUUCAAAAACCACAUGUUUUAUCGAGAAUGGCCUUCUUAAGUUCUUUACAUUACUUCUCCCAGUUUCUCUGAUGGUCUUUCUGAACACUCUUCUUGUUUUUGUAACGAUAUUCUUCAUUAAAAGAAAAAUAUCUUUCUCAAAUUCUCGAGAUAAACAGAUUUUGAAGAUCUAUUUUAAACUGUCGACAAUUACGGGAAUGACCUGGAUUUUUGGUUUGUUGUAUGAGAUAUUCGGUAUACCUUUCUUUAUACAUGUCCAUAGUUUUUUCAACGGUAGUAUUGGCAUUUUCAUGUUUGCUGCAUUUGGAUAUCAAAUUGACUCUUAG